AGCGGUAUCCAGCACGCAUAGAAUGAACAACACAGCCUCGACGCGCCAUGUCUGAGAAAGCAACCAUCAACCCCACACCUCAAGCGAGUGAUGGACUCGACGCAAUCGCCACACAAGAAGCGAUCGAGGACCAGCGAAGAAAAACCGAGCAAGAGCAAUCGGGAGGGGCACUUCAAAGAUACAUCAACGCGCCCUCAGCGAUAAACUUCUCCUUACUGCUACAAUGCUCCUGGGAAGCCGCAGCCGUGACAUUUCAGUUCUCACUCACCAACGGCGGGCCCGCCUCCAUCGCGUACGGCAGCAUCUUCGCGGGCCUAGGAACGACGCUCGUAGCCCUUUCUCUCGCAGAGAUGGCAUCCAUGGACCCGACGGUCGGCGCGCAGUACCGCUGGAGCGCUGCGUUUGCGCCGAAGUGGAAUCGCUUCUUCGGCCUUAUGCAGGGAUGGAUCACGGUGUUUGCGUGGAUCUGCUCGUGUACGUCGAAUCCGGCACUGAUAUCCAACAUCGUCGUUGGCCUUGCGUCGUUUAACAACGAAGCCUACGUCCCGCUGCGAUGGCAUUCCACGCUGAUCAUGUGGAGUCUCACGGUGUUUCCGUUUGUGGGCAACUUCUGGCUUCCGCGGUUCAUUAAUCCGCUCGAGACGGUGGGGGCCGUGUGCCAUGUUGUGUUCUUCUUCGCUAGUAUCAUCACGCUCGCUGUCAUGGCGGACAAGAGCUCGGUCGAGUAUGUCUUUCAUACGCUCACGCACGAUGUAAGUGGAUGGACGAAUCCGGCUGUGGCCUGGGGACUGGGCUUGUUAACUGUGACGUACCCUCUCACAGGCUUCGACGGCGUCCUGCACAUGUCCGACGAAGUCCAGCGCGCGCGCCUGCGCAUCCCCCGCUCCAUGAUCCUCUCCGUCAUAAUAAACAGCACCAUGCAAUUCCUCUACAUGAUAACGGUGCUCUUCUGCAUCGGCGACGUAACCCUUGUAUCCGCCUCACCACUGCCGAUAAUACAAGUCUACUACCAAGCCACCGGAUCGCGAGCAGCAACCAACCUGUUCGUCGUGAUGCUCCUAUUCAUCAUCUUCGUGUCCUUCUUCAACGUCUUCGCGUCCGUGUCGCGUCUCGUAUGGGCCUUCUCGCGGGACGACGGGCUCCCGUUUGCGCGUGUGUUCGCCAGUGUGCAUCCACGGUUUAAAAUGCCGGUUAAUGCGCUCUGUCUCAUUGCUGUGUGUCUUGUGCUGCUUGCGCUUAUUAACAUUGGCUCGAGUACGGCGUUCAAUGCGUUUAUUAGUCUUCCUGCCUUGGCGCUGUAUAUAUCCUAUUUUUUCCCUAUUUUCUUCCUCUCCUGGCGCCGCUUGGCGGGUCGACACUCAACGCCUAUUCCGUGGGGUCCGUUCAAACUGGGAAAAGCAGGUCCGUAUGUAAACUUGGGCGCCAUGUGCUACAUACUGUUUAUCCUGAUCUGGAUGCCGUUUCCGGCCAUGUUGCCCGUUGAUGGGCUGACCAUGAAUUAUGCUGGGCCCAUCGUGGGUGCUGUUGUUGUGGGCGCUGCCUUGGACUGGACCUUGAAUGGGAGAAAGAGAUUCCAAGUACCUGUCGCAGGACACGAACUCUGA